AUGAAAACAAAACAAAUCGACUUAAUAAUAGGCAGUGACAUUAUCCCGAAAAUAAUAAAGAAAGGGUUCAAGAAAAUUAAUGGAAUUAUCGCCCAAGAAACAAUAUUUGGAUGGAUAAUAUCAGGCAAAGUAUUAAAGAAACCAGCAAAAAGAAGUAAAGUAACAAUUACAACAAAAAACAUAGAAAAGUUUUGGGAACUAGAAGAAGCAGAUAACACAAUCAAUGAAAAAACAGCAGAAGAUGAAAUAUGUAUGCAAUUUUAUGAUGACACCACUAAAAUAGACGGCGACAAAAAAUUUAUAGUGAAACUUCCAUUAAAAAAAGAUGCCACACUAGGUGAAUCUAGAAAUCAAGCAAUGGCAAGAUUCCUAAACCAAGAGAAAAAAAUGAGUAAUGAGAAAAGAACUGAAUACAUAAAAUUCAUGCAAGAAUAUGAGCAGAAAGGACAUAUGGAAAAAGUAAAAGAUAAUACAAUAGGAAAAUAUUACCUACCGCAUCAAGCAGUGAUAAGAGAAUCAAGUCGCACUACAAAACUAAGAGUAGUAUUCGAUACAUCAGCAAAAUCGACAAAUGGAAAAAGCUUGAACGACAUAAUGAUGACGGGGCCAAGAUUACAGCAGGAUAUAUUUGAUAUAUUAAUGAAAUGGCGAUUAUGGAAAUUCGUCGCUUCAGCCGAUGUAGAAAAAAUGUUCAGGCAAAUAAAAAUUGCACGAGAAGACCAAGAUUAUCAAAGAAUCUUAUGGAGAGAAAAUGCAAGGGAAAAAAUUAUGGAAUAUAGAUUAACAACAGUUACAUAUGGAACCGCAGCUGCACCUUUUCUAGCAGUACGAACAUUACAUCAAAUUGCUGAUGAAUCAGAAGAAAAUAAAGAUAUAAAAAAUAGCAUAAAAAAAGAAUUCUACAUGGAUGACUUAAUGACAGGAGCUAAUUCAAUAUCAGAAUGCAGGCAUAAAAUAAAUAAAAUUAAUAAAACUUUAAGUCUUAGAGGAUUCCAACUCAGGAAAUGGAUGUCAAAUCAUGAAUCUAUACUGGAAGAACUACCAGAUGACAACGAGAUAAAAAUACUCAAUAUACAUGAAGAUGAAUCAGUAAAAACCUUAGGACUUAAAUGGAAUCCAAUAAAAGAUAACUUCCACUUUACUAUAAAAAUGGAAAAUAUAAAUAAAUGGACGAAAAGAAUGAUACUUUCAAACACAGCGCAUAUUUUCGAUCCAUUAGAUAAAAUAAAAAUACCAAGAUGGAUAGGAACUACAAAUUCAAAAACUUGGGAAUUUCACGGAUUCUGCGACGCAUCAGAAGCAGCAUACGCAGCUGUCAUAUACGUAAAAAUUGGUUCAUCUGUAAAAUUACUAACAGCUAAAAGCAAAGUAUCGCCGAUAAAAAACAAAAAGACAAUUCCAAAAUUAGAGCUAUGUGGUUCGCAUUUACUUGCAAAAUUAAUGAGACGAGUUUCACAAAUAUUGAAUAAUAACGCCACGAUAUACUGUUGGAGUGACUCAAUGAUUACCCUAUGCUGGAUUAAAAAUAUUAAAAAUAAAGAAAAAUUUGUAAGAACAAGAGUUGAAGAUAUAAAAAAAUGGAUACCAAAAACAAAAUGGCAACAUGUAAAGUCACAAGAAAAUCCAGCAGAUAUAGCUUCCAGAGGAAUAUGUCCUUCUAAAUUAAAAUAUAAUCCAUUAUGGUGGAACGGACCCUCAUGGCUAACAAAAGAAGAAAAAGAUUGGCCAAAACCUGAAAAAAUAGAAGAAGUGAAAAUACUGACAACAGUUACAAGCCAAAAUAACGAAAUAAUAGAACAACUUAUGGAAACAAACUCCAGUCUAACUAG